AGAGACUCCCAAACGAAAAAGACAUUACAAUUUCGCGUCUCUGAAAAAUUCAGUUUCACUGUCACUGGAAAUAAUAAUGGGAUGUAACAAUUCUAAAGCAGGUGAACAAAUAGUGGAAUCUAACGAGGGGGAUGUUCAAAAUGAGAAUACAGAGCAUGAACAGUCUAAUAGAAAUUUCAUUGUGUUUGAUGUGCAUUUAGAUAAGUGUACAUCAGAAGGAGACAAAAAAGAUGAAGCUAAUGAAACCGCCAAAUUGGAGUCAAAAAAACCUAUGAGACUUGCGCCGCUCCCAAAUCCUCCAAUUCUAACAGCAGAAAUGAUUGAAGAAAAGUUGAAAAAGGCUGAAGAGAAACGUGAACAACUGUUGGCUGCUCGUCGCCUUUCAUGUCAGAAAUCAAAGCAGUUCCCACCGGUACUAUUGUUACAAGGAAGGACACCUUUGACCAAUUCGGAAAGUGAGGUAAAGAACCAACAAUCAUCGAAUUUCUGGAUGUAUAAUUUGUCCGGAGAUGAUACGAUCACAGACGAACAACUGGAUGAGAUUCUCAAAGUUGAAGAAACUCAGUAUGUUUUAGAUGAUUCGAGUGAUCAAGACUGUCCAGUUGCAAAUUAACAAAAGUUAAAACUAAGGGGGUGUUUUCAGUUGAUUUGAAUAUAGUGGGAGACAUAACUCACUUACUUCAUUCCACAUGAAUUUCAUGCUAUUUGUGGUUAACAAGUCCUCAUAAUUAAUGAGGCAUUCAGCCACAUCGAUUCAAUUGAUGUGAGAGACAAAUAUAAUAAUUUUCUGAAAUCUUAGUUGCCUUUUGAAAUGCUAAUGAGCUUUUGUGCACUACGAUCUUUCACCUCGGCAAAAAAUUUAUAGUGCAACCUGAUAUACACGCGCAUCUCUGUAGGUCAUUCUUACUAUAAGUACCAAGAAAUGCCACCAAAUAUUUUCCCAUGCUGGUGCAUAAUAACUGCUUGAUAUUUCGCCCGACAGCUUGACACUUACAGUGUUAGUUCAUCGUACAUCAUAAACCAAGAGAAGAGAUUUACCAGUGUUUGUAAGGACAUCAAUUCACUGAGCUGUAUCAAAAAGUUAAGUAUUUAAUAGAUGCAAAAGCAUGAAGAAAGCGUUUCAACCGCUCUGAAUUACUUUGACUCUUAAUAGCUUAUCCAUGUACUAUAAUGUAAUAGCGACAAUGUACAGUGAUACGCGAUUACACACAUUCUUUAACACGGGCCCGGAAGAGUUGUUAAACUAACUGCUGGACGUUGAGAUGGACGGUAAAAUAGACCGAGGGAAAAGGAAGU